AUAUCGUUAUAUUUGUCUUAUACAGUGAGCAACUGAAAAACCAGACAUUAUCAGUUCCCUCCCACUCACUUGAAGCUUCACUCAUUCCAAUCCUUUUUGGAGCGAACAGUAAAACACAAACACAAAAACAAUCACAGUGGUGGAGAACGUUCCUUUCAUUUCAAGGAACAACACCAAUGGUAAUAGUCGCAUUAUCAUCCUCCCUCCCUGGUGGCAGAAACCUCUUCUCCUCCUUGCCCUCAACCCCGCCGCCACACGACCCCACCGCCGCCGCCAUCUCCGCCACUCCGCCGCCACCAAUCUCAAUACCCAAGUACCCCCCUCCCCGCAAAUCCCAAAACCCUCCACAACCCCAAAACCCUCCACCAAACCCUGGCCUCAAAUACCACCGCCACUCCAAGUACCACAAGCCCGUCAAGCACGGCGGCGUCAUCGCCUCCGAAGGCGACCGCUCAGUCAUAAUUGGCGACUCCGGCGUGUCGUACCUGCUCCCCGGCGCCCCCUUUGAGUUCCAAUUCAGCUACUCGGAGACGCCGAAGGCGAAGCCGCUGGCGAUUCGCGAGCCGGCGUUCCUGCCUUUCGCGCCGCCCACGAUGCCGAGGCCGUGGACGGGGAAGGCGCCGUUGAAGAGUAAGAAGGAGAAGAAGAAGAUUCCACUGUUUGAUUCGUUCAACCCUCCCCCUCCCAACACGAAGGGAGUGAAGCGUGUAGAAAUGCCUGGACCGUUUCCGAUGGGGAAGUAUCCGAAGGAGGGUAAAACGAGGGAAGAGAUUCUUGGGGAGCCUCUCAAGAAGUGGGAGAUACAAAUGCUUAUUAAGCCCAUGUUAUCUCAUAAUCGCCAGGUUAAUCUUGGAAGGGAUGGAUUGACGCAUAACAUGUUGGAGUUGAUACAUUCGCAUUGGAAGCGACGCCGUGUUUGUAAAAUUCGCUGUAAAGGUGUUCCAACUGUAGAUAUGGAUAAUGUUUGCCAUCAUAUAGAGGAGAAAACUGGGGGGAAAAUUAUUCAUCGAGUUGGUGGUGCAGUUUAUCUUUUCCGUGGUAGAAAUUACAACUAUAGUACUCGUCCUCAGUUUCCUAUUAUGCUCUGGAAGCCAGCUGCUCCUGUAUACCCAAAACUUAUUCAGGAUGCUCCAGGAGGAUUAACAAAAGCUGAAGCUGAUGAGUUAAAGAUGAAGGGGAAAAGCCUGCUGCCAAUAUGUAAAUUAGCCAAAAAUGGAGUAUACACCUCCCUUGUAAAGGAUGUGAGAGAUGCUUUUGAAGGAUGUCCUCUAGUGAAAAUUGACUGCAAGGGGUUGGAUCCUAGUGAUUACAAGAAAUUAGGUGCCAAACUUAAGGAUUUGGUUCCUUGUGUGCUGUUGUCUUUUGAUGAUGAACAGAUAUUGAUGUGGAGGGGCAAAGACUGGAAAUCGAGGUACCCACAAGUUCUGCCCAUUUGUACUCCUGCCGAAGCUGGUGUUACAGGAAAAUUGAACAACAAUACAGGCAACGAGACUGACGACAGUCAAACUGUGGAGCACGAUGGCAACAUGGUGAACACAAGCUCAAAAAUGUUGUCUCUGUGGAAUACUGCAAUUGAGUCAAGCAAGGCUUUGUUGCUAGAUGAUUUUAAUCUUGGUCCUGAUGCUCUUUUGGAGAAGGUAGAGGAAUUCGAGGCUGUUUCACAGGCCACGGAGCACUCCCAUCCAGCAUUUAUUUUGUCUGGUGAAAAUGGUGCUGAAGGUUCAACCACAAACUUCGAAGAUAGCUAUUCUAGUGACGGCUUACCUACUGAGUAUGAUGACGAUGAUGAUUAUGUUAACUACCAUGAUGAUGAAGAUGAUGACUUGUAUGUCGUGGACUCAUCAGCUCAACCCGGAUCAUUACCCCUGGAUAUGAUUGUCAAAAGGCUAAACCAAGACCACAGGAGUAAAAACAUGAAAAAAAAUCUAUGAUAACUUGAAGAGCAUGUGUAUUGAGGAAAAUAGCAGGCAUGAAAUGUAAAAUUUCGAAUAGAGAAAAAUAGUUAUUUGUAAAUAACCAAUGGUUAAUGUCUCCGGCACUAAAUUUUGUGCGACAACUACGUUCACAACAUAACAUGAGGCCACUCGUGCUAAAAGGGAAACUCUCAUGGUUUCUUCUGAAUUGGGUACAUUUGAGAGCCAACACCUAAUGAUGCACUUUCCUUCAAAUAACAUAACAAUAUUGGAGGCUUUUUUAAUAAAAAUUUAAAGGAAAUGAAAACUCUAUUUCAGAAUUGUAUCAUUCAAUUAAAAGAGGUUAAUUAUUUAAGUGGCACAUGCUUAUUUUUUUACAGAAAAUUCUCAGGUUCAAACUUUGUGAAUGUUGUACUCCAAUAUAAUUCAAUUUCUGUUAUUCUGUU